GCCAAGCCAAAGGUCAUCUCCCAGUUGGAGCAAACGGGAGAUCCCCAGAUGGAAGGAACUGGAACGCCACCAGGCAUGUGUCUAGACCUGCUUUGUCAGCAUGGUGUUCUCCUUUGACGAGGAAACUGAGAAGGAAGGGAUGGCUAUGGAUGUGCUGCCUGCUCAGGUUACGAGGUCAGUGACCUUCAGGGAUGUGGCAGUGCUCUUCAGCCAGGACGAGUGGCUGCAGCUGGACCCGGGUCAGAGAAGCCUGUACCGGGAGGUCAUGCUGGAGAACUACAGCAACCUGGUCUCUGCGGGGAUUCCGGUUGCAGCACCUAAGGUGAUUUGCCAGUUGCAGCGAGGAGAAGACCCCUGCACAGAAGAAAGAGAAAUGCCUCCAGACGUCUGUCCAGAUUUCAAGACUUGGCCUGACAUAGAAGCAGUGACUGUCAGACAGGACAUUUUUGUUAAAGAAACAUCUCAUGGAAUAAUAAGGACCUCUACAUAUGGUCCUUGGGACAUUGACUUUGAAGAAUCUGUGAAUUCUGAGGGCAAGAUAGUACAGGAGCAACAACAGAAACCCCUUAGGCAAAUGGCAGCCUCAUCCAAGAAAACUAUCAGUGAGAAUGGAAACCCUACAAGUCUGCAACUGGGGAAGAACUCAUUUAUAAACACAAUUCUUGUUUCACAACAGAGUGUUCCCAUAGAGAUGGUACCCAAUAUGUAUUUUACCUUUGGGAAAGAUUUUACACAGAAUUUUGAUCUAAUGAGAUGCUUCCAGAUUUACCCAAGAGGAAAACCUUAUGUCUGUCAUGAGUGUGGGAAGAGCUUCAGCCAGAGUCUUCAUCUUCUGGAGCACCAGAGAAUCCAUACUGGUGAAAAACCCUACAAGUGUAAUGAGUGUGGGAAGACCUUCAGCCACCGGUCAUCCCUUCUCGCACAUCAGAGAAUCCACACUGGGGAGAAGCCAUACAAGUGUAAUGAGUGUCCAAAAGCAUUCAGCAGCAGUUCUACCCUCAUCAAGCACCUGAGAGUGCACACGGGAGAGAAGCCCUACCGCUGCAGGGAGUGUGGGAAAGCCUUUAGCCAGUGCUCCACGCUCACUGUGCACCAGAGGAUUCACACUGGAGAGAAGUUCUAUAAAUGUGUUGAAUGUGAGAAGGCCUUCAACUGUAGAGCAAAGCUUCAUAGGCAUCAAAGAAUCCACACAGGCGAGAAACCGUAUAAAUGUAGUGAGUGUGGGAAAGGUUACAGUCAGUUUCCAUCCCUUGUGGAACACCAGAGACUCCACACUGGAGAACAGCUGUGCCAGUGUUUAGAAUGUGGGAGAACCUUCACGCGCAUCUCCACCUUUAUUGAACAUCAGCGAAUCCAUGCUGGACAGAAACCUCACCAGUGUAAUGAAUGCGGGAAGACCUUCAACCAGUAUUCGUCCUUUAAUGAGCAUCGGAAAAUCCAUACUGGGGAAAAGCUUUACACGUGUCAAGAAUGUGGCAAAGCCUUUGGCUGCAAAUCCAACCUUUAUAGGCAUCAGAGAAUCCACACUGGAGAGAAACCCUAUCAGUGUAACCAGUGUGGAAAGGCCUUCAGCCAGUAUUCAUUCCUAACUGAGCAUGAGAGAAUCCAUACUGGAGAGAAACUCUAUAAGUGUAUGGAGUGUGGCAAAGCCUACAGUUACAGAUCAAACCUUUGUAGACACAAAAAAGUCCACAGUAAAGAGAGACUCUACAAAUGGAAGGGAUACGGGGACCUUUCAUCUGUGGCUGCUCCUCUACUCAGUAUCAGGAAUUUCUGAGAGGAGAUAAGCCUGUGACCUUUACUUUAUCUCUCAUAACCCAAGGCUUCUCAUUAGGCAGUGAUCAGGACAAUAACAAAUACAGCACAAAUUCCUAAAAGAGUCAGUCCUUUUUACUUCUACAGGAAAAAAGCUAGUUAAUAUUAAGACAAGGGCAGUUUAUCAGUGAAAAUACGAACACUAGUCAGAUUUUAUAAGCACUGUUAAAUCUUAAGGGUUCUAAAAACAGUUUUAAAAUUAAUAGAAAAAUUUUGAAAGGCCUCACUUUGUAGAAAAGCAUAAAUAAUAUGUAUUUUACCUCAGACUAAUCUCUUAAGUGCAAGUUUCAAUAUGUGAAUUUUCUUUUACAAGUAGUCGUUGAAUUAUUAAUGUGAAUAAAUGUGGGGCCUCAUUUUCUAAAUUGGCAGGCUGACUUAGGAAGCUCUCCUUUUCAUAGAUAGAGGAGUUCUUUAAAUUUAACCCUUCACGUGGAAAUAUAAAGCUCUUUGAUAAGCUGCCCCUUAAGCAAGAUAAAUGUGUAUACAUGUACAGUCAUGUGUCAGUGGUAGGGAUGUGUGUUAAGGCGUCAUUAGGUGCUCUGACUAUUGUACAAACAUGCGUGCACUUGGAUGGUCCAGGUCAUCGCUGCAUGUGGCCUCUUGAUGCCCCCAAGAGAUGUGUGUGGCAAACACAAGAUGUGGGGCUGCCAGUGAAACGCAGCAUAGUGUUUUGUAGUAAGCUUUUUUUUAGUAUGUAGAAGGCAUAUGCUCUGCAGUAAUCAUAAAACCAUAGCCUAGUAAAUGCAUAUACCAGUAACAUAGUUGUUUAUCACCAUUCUCAAGUAUGGUGCGCUGUGCUUUUACCUGACUGUCAGCAUGGUAGGUCUGACUACGAGCAUUACCACACGAGUGGUGCCCUGUGCUGAGACAUCGUGACAGCUGUGUCACGAUGGCUGUGAUGUCACUAGAUAAUGGGGAUUUUUCAGUUCCAUUACUGACCAAAACAUUGUUACAUGGGACAUGACUGCACACAUACGUGCGUGUUUGUGUCUCUGUGUAUGCAUAUAUGUGCACAGAGCUGUGCAAAAUUUUUACAACUCCUUGAUUUAAAAAUGUUAUAGUAAUUUAUAAUUUUUAAAAUUUUGCCCAAGGGGAGCCACUUCCUUUCCUAAAUUCUUAAUUUGAUGAAGUUCUGUAUAGCUGAAUAGUGUCUUACAGUAUUAGAGAAGGUAAAGUGAAACAGGUGGAAAGACUGUCAUCCAAAGACUUUUGUCGUCUGUUGCAAAAGGUAAAUAUUUGACAGAAUGGGAUACGUAUACACCUGGUAGCUCAUUAAAGCCUAGAGAGUUUUUAGUUGAAUUAUAGCCUUUCAUUUUAUUAGUGAAGUUGAGUUUGGUGGCACAAUUAAGUCUUCACCUCUGUAACUGUGAAAGUUACAGGUUUAUUUCCAUCCUCAAGUCCCAAGAGUACUAUUUGUUUUGUAACCUGGUUAGAUACAAUUGGAGUAGUUUAACCAGUUGUCUUUUCACCUUUGAGGGUUCCUGGCAUUGUAAUCUUAAUUUACAGUCAUACUCCUUUUUCUUAUGAGUCUCUUGACUGUACCUGUGUUUAUAACAACCAAACACUUAAACCCAGCUAAGGCCAGAUGGUGUAGUUGCUUUGAGGUGUUUCCCAUUUAUAGGGCUGCCGUUUUUUUGGUACUGGGGAUUGAACUCAGGACCUCGCGCUUGCCAGGCAGGCACUGUGCCACUGAGCUACGUCCCUGGCCAGGGCUACCUUUUUAAAUUAUCUAUCUUUUAGGAAUUGUUAUAUGUGGCUCUUUUAUUGUUAAGCCUUCUAUUUAUCACUUUAACAUUUAUCUCCCCACACAUGUUUAUUUCCUUCAAUUCUGUAUUUGACUUUCAUGGUAUCAUUUAGAAUACUGAUCUAAUACAAUUAGCUAGACCCUUCUGGCUGAGAAAAGUUGUAGAAUUAAAUUCAAACAUUCAGCAUAAAAUGAUUUGUUUUAGCUCAUCAGAAUACAGUGGUACCUCGGUUCAUGAACUUAAUUUGCUUUAUGAUUUUUGGCAAGAUAGCUGCCUUUGUGUUUGCCACCUGAAGUGAAGUUUAUGAACAGAAGCAAAAUUUUGUCAAACACUUUUGAUUGAGAACCAAAUUGUUUGUAAACAGAAGUAUUUGUGAACCGAGGCAUUACUAUAUCAUUUUAUAUAUUUAAGUACAUUUAGAAGGAAAAAUGAAGCUCUUUUUCUUCCCUUUUGUG